ACAUGAAAAAAAAAAAGAAGAAUCUUUGCAAUGCUAAAGUCUUGAGUUGCAGAUAGAUAAACCUCAAAAAUCUCAUGUAGAGUGUCCAAGCUUAUAUCAAUGGCCUGCUCUUCGAUACUCUAAAACCCCUGAAAAUGAACUUCACAACCCCAUAUAACCACAAUUCCCUACUCUACCCUUCCCCAUUUCUACUUCAAACCACUAGAACUUCUGUUCUGCUAAAACCCACAGAUUCCCGUAAAAAAACAAGCUUUACAGUAUGUUCUUCUGCAAAUCUAAACGGGUCAGAUGGGUUUUCUUGGCCGAGUCUGACUCGGGCAUUUCGGCUCGGUUCGGAGCGGUUUUUUCUCAAACUUGGUGAGUCAGUCAAGAAAGAAACUGGCUUUGAUUUAGAUGGGACUAAUGUGAAACUGGGUGAGUUUGUGGGUUUGGUUAAGGGUCAAGCUAAAAUGAGUGAGGCUGAGUUGAUUCGUUUGAGGACUGAGUUUGUUGACUGGAAUAGGUGGGAACAUUGGAAGGACUUCAAGAAUUGGAAGCCUUUAAGAGUUGGUGUGUUGUUUCUUUAUAUAAUUGUUGUGAUGUUUUCUUGUCGAAGAAUUUAUGUUGCUGUUCGAGCUCCGUACAUUAAUCGAGAAAGAAAAGAGUUGACAGAGGCUUAUAUGGAGGCAUUGAUUCCUGAGCCAUCUUCUAUCAAUGUUAGAAAGUUUAAGAAAGGCAUGUGGAGGAAGGGAAUGCCUAAAGGCUUGAAAAUGAAAAAAUUUAUCGAAGGGCCCGAUGGAACAUUGAUUCGUGAUACUUCUUAUGUUGGAGAGGAUGCAUGGGAUGAUGAUCCAGUGACUCCUGAGGAGAAUGUUAAACAAGUUAUUGACAAUCAUAUGAGGUUAAAUAAAGAAGAAAAGAAAGUACUGAAGGAAGAUUUGGGCAUUUCAGGUGAUGCUCAAAAAAUGGAAGGAAAUUGGCGUGAAAGGCUUCAGAAAUGGAAGGAGAUACUACAAGAGGAUAAAGUAGCUGAACAGUUUGAUGCUGAAAAUGCAAAGUAUGCAGUUGAAUUUGACAUGAAAGAGGUUGAAAACAGUCUCCGUAAGGAUGUGGCAGAAAAGGUAAUUGAAACACAGGGAGCCAGGGCUUUAUGGAUAUCUAAGAGAUGGUGGCGCUAUCGUCCGAAGCUUCCAUACACUUACUUCCUUCAAAAGCUUGAUUGCUCUGAGAUAGCUGCUGUUGUCUUCACAGAAGAUCUGAAACGGCUGUAUGUAACUAUGAAAGAAGGCUUUCCAUUGGAAUAUAUUGUUGAUAUUCCCCUUGAUCCAUAUUUGUUUGAGGCCAUCUCGAGUUCAGGUGUUGAAGUAGAUCUCCUCCAAAAGCAGCAAAUCCAUUAUUUUCUGAAAGUUGUGAUUGCAUUGUUGCCUGGGUUAUUGAUCCUGUGGCUUAUAAGGGAGUCUGUGAUGCUAUUACACAUCACUUCUAAUCGUUUUCUGUACAAGAAGUAUAAUCAACUUUUUGAUAUGGCAUACGCAGAGAACUUUAUCCUGCCAGUUGGAGAUGUGGGUGAAACAAAAUCAAUGUAUAAGGAAGUGGUACUCGGCGGUGAUGUUUGGGACCUUCUUGAUGAAUUAAUGAUAUAUAUGGGCAAUCCUAUGCAAUACUAUGAAAGAGAUGUGAAAUUUGUUCGGGGUGUUCUUCUCUCGGGACCUCCUGGAACGGGAAAGACCCUCUUUGCGCGGACACUUGCAAAGGAAAGUGGAUUGCCUUUUGUUUUUGCUUCUGGGGCAGAGUUUACAGAUAGUGAAAAAAGUGGCGCAGCAAGGAUAAAUGAAAUGUUUUCCGUUGCUAGAAGAAAUGCUCCUUGUUUUGUGUUUGUGGAUGAAAUUGAUGCUAUAGCUGGAAGGCAUGCCAGGAAGGACCCACGGAGAAGGGCAACAUUUGAGGCUCUGAUUGCUCAACUUGACGGGGAGAAGGACAAAACUGGCGUUGAUCGGUUUUCAUUAAGACAAGCUGUGAUAUUCAUUUGUGCUACCAAUAGGCCAGAUGAAUUGGACCUGGAAUUUGUUCGUUCAGGACGUAUUGAUCGCCGUUUGUACAUUGGCUUGCCAGAUGCAAAGCAAAGACAGCAGAUUUUUAGUGUGCAUAGUGCAGGAAAGCAGCUUGCGGAAGAUGUAGAUUUUGGAAAGCUGGUCUUCCGUACAGUUGGCUUCUCCGGGGCAGAUAUCCGGAAUCUUGUCAAUGAAGCUGCAAUCAUGUCUGUGAGGAAAGGGCAUUCCGAGAUCAGCCAGGUAGACAUUGUUGAUGUUUUAGAUAAACAAUUGCUUGAAGGCAUGGGCGUACUUCUCACAGAAGAAGAACAGCAGAAAUGUGAAGAAAGUGUGUCAUUUGAGAAGAAGAGACUUCUGGCCGUACACGAAGCUGGUCAUAUAUUGUUAGCUCACUUGUUUCCUCACUAUGAUUGGCAUGCUUUUUCUCAGCUCUUGCCAGGAGGCAAGGAAACUGCAAUAUCUGUGUUCUAUCCCAGAGAAGAUAUGAUAGACCAAGGCUAUACAACCUUUGGCUACAUGAAGAUGCAAAUUGUAGUAACUCAUGGUGGACGGUGUGCUGAACGGCUUGUUUUUGGUGAUGACGUUACUGAUGGAGGCAGUGAUGAUCUCGAGAAGAUAACGAAGAUUGCUAGGGAGAUGGUAAUCAGCCCUCAAAAUGCAAGGCUGGGCCUUACUCCUCUAACAAAAAGAGUUGGACUCAUGGAUCGACCAGAUAGCUCAGAUGGCGGGUUGAUAAAUUAUAGGUGGGACGACCCUCAUGUAAUUCCUGCCGACAUGACACCUGAGGUAUCUGAGCUCUUUGUUCGAGAGUUGACAAGGUAUAUUGAAGAAACGGAAGAACUUGCAAUGAAAGGACUGAGAAACAAUAUCCACAUUCUGGAUGUGAUUGCCAAGGAACUGUUGGAGAAGUCGAGGAUAACUGGACUGGAAGUUGAGGAGAUAAUGAAGGGACUUUCUCCGACAAUUUUUGAAGAUUUUGUAAAGCCAUUCCAGAUAAACUUGGAAGAGGAGGGACCAUUGCCUCACAAUGAUAAACUACGAUAUCAACCAUUGGACGUGUAUCCUGCCCCACUCCACAGAUGUUGAUCAGACACCAAAGGCGGAACAUUUAUUUAUUAACUUGGAUCUUGAAGGAUCUCAAUAGUCAUCCACUUAGUUCAAAAAAGUGAACGUCAGCUGCAGUGUUGAAAAGAUAUUCAUCCAUGUUCUUGAGCUCAGAGUUGGAAUGGUUUUCCCAACUAAAGAGAAGUAGAUUUACAGGCACGGUUCUUCAUCUAUGUUCUUGAGCUACCACAGUAAAAAUCCGUGCAUCAUGAGGUGACAUCAAGUAUCUUCUGGUGAUAGAAAGAAUCCUGAAAUGGGGCAUAACAGUUAUAGCAUAUUAGCAUGGAGUAUGCCAAUUGAAUGUUAUUUAGCAGUCUGUGAAUGCAUUGGUAUAGAAAGUUCAGUUAGAAAAAAAAAAGUCGGUGUACAUUAAUUCAUGAGUCGAGUUUUAUACUCAGAGAAAUGUGUUCUUUCUAUUUUUGAUUGAAACAAAAUCCAGCUGUUAUAGUUUUGUGCUUUUUAACAUUCAUUGUAAGAUUCACUGAUAAAAUUUGAAACUAUUUCAAAUAUGUUGAGAAAGAAAUAAAAUGAAAUAGAGAUCCUUUGUUUGUUGUUUUUAUAA